UUCACUCAGCAAACAGCAAGCGAGCAGCAGCAUCAUCCACCGAAAUGGAUAAUUCUACGACGACCUCCAGCUACACCCACAAGAAGUUUUCCGCCAAGCGCAAGCUGGAGAUAGACCAAGGCCUGGACUUGAACACGGAUAGUCUGAUGUACCAGGGGAAGCCAGCCGCCAAGCGUCGCCAAACCAAGGCACUCUUCCGCCCCUGGCUGGACAAGAACAACGAGCAGAACAGUGAGGCAUACCCACCCAUAGCCUGUCCACCAGAGUCCGCUGCUCCCGCCUUGGGCCCCACUUGCAGGUCGACACUCGCUGAGACGCCCCGCCAGCGCAGCCCCCAGGAGCACCAGCGUCGAGAUCGCAGUCUCCUGGCCAGUCUCCUCAGUCGCCGGGCCGAGCAGGCACAGGCGCAGUACCUCGAACAUAUGGCCAAGCUGGAGCAGCAGGUUCGAGUGAAUCUCUACUACCGUCAGCUGUUACUGCAAGCCGUUUUCCAGCGAGGAGUGGCCGCCCCGAACAACCUGCUGCCACGGCAGCAACAGCAGUUCCUCCAGCAGAUGGCCCUCUCCCAGCAAAUGCUCGUCUUUGGAGCACAGCACUGAUAUGGGCGGCGAGGUCAAGAGGAGAGAUCUGUAUUGACUAUGGACCAUAAUGUGAUUUAGACCCUUAAUGUGAUAGCCCUUGUUUUUUUAUUGAAUAAAAAAAUCUUUAAGAAAUUAUA